AUGUUGCCAAUUGAUACCAAUUAUCCUAGACAGACUUUCACUGUCAACUCGUCUUGUAGGCAUAAUGUCCUCUGGACCCCUCCAUCGGCCAGCCGCAAGAUGGCUGGACGCUGUUUGAGAACCUCAGUCAAGUUGUCAUUAUACCCGCCCCUGACGGAGCCUCCACCCCAGCACCCGCCCCUGACGGAGCCUCCACCCCAGCACCCGCCCCUGACGGAGCCUCCACCCCAGCACCCGCCCCUGACGGAGCCCCCACCCCAGCACCCGCCCCUGACGGAGCCUCCACCCCAGCACCCGCCCCUGACGGAGCCUCCACCCCAGCACCCGCCCCUGACGAAGCCCCCACCCCAGCACCCGCCCCACACAGAGCCUUACAUCUCAGAUGUUUAUGUCAGAUAUAUUCACCAGCCAAAUAAACUGAUCUUAAAAUCUAGAGUCCCGCACAACUCUGGCAUCCUGGCUAACACAGAGGCGGAAGCUUGUGUCGGAAGUGAAGCCUCGCCGGUCGGAAGCCUCAACACAGGAUCUGGAGUAACAGAUCUGCGUAGAGAGUAA